GCCGUGUAACUAUUUUGCCUCUCUUUGAAAACCCCCACUAUGGUCUCCAGCACCUUACAGUCGAUUUGGAAUGUCUCCAGACAUUCGGCGUCAACGCGAAUGGUCACAUAUCACUUCCCGGCCUCGAAACCUUGACGAUUAUCUUGACACGGUCCGAGAUUGACAAUGAAGAAAUGGUGGGAUUAGAUAUCCUGGCCAGUACGCAACCUCAACAACUCAUACUCACUGGUCGUGGAGGCAUCUCUUUGAGUCAACUUUAUUCCCUCAUUUCCCCAUUCACUACUCGGCAUCGCCCACCAUCCCACCUAGUCUUACGCGAGACGGCCAUAAGACUGGAACAUCGUCACCAUGACCCCAAUCCGCCCCAUCCGAUCGGGUUUUGGCAUACCUUCCGGAUCAGUAUCUUGGAGAUCCAAGACGUAACAUGGAACCGAUAUUUCAGCACAUCUUCUAGGCGAAAGAGCCAGGGAUGGUGUGAGACAGGUUGGGAUCUGUUCCCUUAUCUUUGCGAACUGUCGGACGCUGUGCGUGUACGUAUAUCGCUGGGCGGAUCCAAGAAGGAAUUUCUCCAGAGACCUGACGGGGCUCUGAGAAUUGAGGGUUGUAGCGAUUCCGACGAGGCCGACGAGGAUGAAGGCACAGGGAUCGAUCAGGUUGUUGGGUGUAACAGCAACACAUAGUUAUUGGCGUGGGUUCAACACGAAGUGGAGUCGUAC